GCGGGUGCUGAGGUCGCUGGGUUGUUCGCGACUCCAGGCUCCGGGUUGCGGGCGGGCGGCUCGUGCCCUGGUCUCGCGGCGUCUGUCGAACCAGAGCGCGAGGCCGGCGCCGCCGCCGCCGACAUGUUGGCCUGCGUGCGCUUCCUGCAGAGCCAAGUGCACCACAUCGUGCCCGUGUCCCAGAUCAGAAAUUUCCAGCCGACCUCCAAGAGCGACUUCAACAAGAAGCAAGUUUACCGGCUGACGCUGCCGGCGACGUGUCCGGGCACCGGGGCGGGAGAGCCGGAGAUCGGCGCCGUGGCUAAAGGGGGUCAAUGCCGCAAGGCCCAGAUCCUGGCUCUGGGAGACAGCAGACAAGAACUGGAAAAAUUUUUGAAAUUGAAAAAGUGCAAAAUGCCAAAAGUAAUUGAUAGUUUCAUUGAACUGUCUGAAUCAGAAGAUGGUGGCAGUGCUGAAGAUGAACCACAUCAAUUCAACAACAUUCAGGAGCAAGAUAUCUCCUGCUUUGAAGAUAGCAGUGACGAUGAUGAUGACCAAACACUGAAGAUUUUUGAUGAACUUAAACACAAAUAUUCCCGGGCCAAGGCUAACAAUAAAAAGUUAAUCUUGGAGCUUAAAAGAGUUACAACAAAACUUCGGUUUGUUGAAGAAAAGCAAAAAGAUUAUGAACAUAUGGCUUCUGAGCUACAAAGGCUGAGGGAUCUCAAUAUGGAUCUUCAAAAUGCGCUGCUUUUGAAGUUAUUUAGACUUCCAGAACAGUACCAUGGUUCCAAUCCCGAAGAGGAGUUGAUUGAAAACACAUCUGCCCAUCAGCUAAUUUCCAGUCCUCCAGUGACUUCAAUUCUGCAGGACCAUUUAAACAUGCAACAAAGAAUUUAUCCCUGCAAGAAAAGUCCUCAUCCUCUCCUUCCAGCUCCAAGUACUAGUGACCACCUGGAGAGUCAGACUGAAAAUGGAAACAGCAUGGUGUCAUGUCCAUGGGCUGCAACACAAGCUAUUGCUAUGGCCCAGCCCAGUGUUUAUUCUGUUCAGGAUGGCAAGGUUCACAUAGGAGCUAAUAUAUGGAUUGAUGAGGACAAGUGGGAAACAGUGAAACGUCAGCCAAGUGAUUCAAGAUUUACAAAGUGUUUGGCUGUAGCUGUGUGGGGAGUGGAUACCCUGAAGGACAGAAGUGUCACUGGAAUUGCAUGCAAUUCAACAAAAUCAUCCCCUAAACCACCUCUUUCUCCCUACAAAGUACAGAUUAUUAAAGAGCAAUUGCUGAACAGAAUACGACAAGAUGCCAAAGAUGACAAUGAGAUCCAUAAGCGAUUAAAUAAAGUCAAUCGAUAUAUUGGGGAAAAAAUAAUGGACAUUAAUAAACAGUGGAGAAAAGCCAAGGCAGAGAUAUCAAAGUUUAGAAACUGUGAAUGUGAGAUAGGUUUAAAAUGUGAUAUUCAUGCACAUUGUGAGAGAUCAGAAGUACCCAUCAAGGAAGAAAUUGAAACCUUUAUCUAUGAAUAAUCUAGUGAGAUUUACUGUUUUGCAUGAUCAGAAAGUUCUCAUUGAGAUUGUUAUUAAUAAUGUACAACUAUUUGACUUCAGUGAAAUCUAUUUGUAUUCAUUUGUUUACCAUAGAAUUGCAGAGAACUAUUUUCUAUUAAUUUCUGUUACCAUUUUUACAACUGAUCAUUGAAACUGUACAGAUAAUUAUGAUUUGUAGAAUUCUCCAAAGGCAAACCAUUUGGCCCAUUGCACAUCCAGAGCAUCCCGGUCUUUGCUGCUUAAUUUUUCUCCCCUUCUCCCUUAUCAAGGCUUUUAUAGAUUAUGUAUUCAUGACUUUUUCCACUGAACAGCCUUGAGUUUGAUCAUUAGUUUUCAUUCUGUUAUUUUGCUAUUUUUAAAUUUAAUUUAUGCCCUCCAUUUAUGAAGUCAUACAUCAAUGAAUAUAGUUAUUUUAUUAUUUCAUAGCCCUUUAUAAUUUUUGGUAUAAUUGUACUUUACUGGAUCAGAUUUCUUUAGUUUGGCUGUGAAAGGAGUGUGAAUACCUGUAGUUUGUCCUCUUAACCAAACUUUCCCAUUGGUGUGCUGAUUUUCUUUGUAUCUCUCCAUUAUAAUGUGAGGAAACAAUGUAAAAUUGUGGCUUAUUCAUAAAUGUUCAGAUUUGCUUUAUAAACAUGAGAUUCUGUAGAUGCUUGAAAUCUUGAGUUACUCAGCAAGUCAGGCAGCAUCUGUGGAAGGGAAUAAGCAGUCAAUGUUUCGGGUUGAUUUCCUUCGUGACUGGAAAGGAAGGUAAAAGAAACUGGAAGGGGAGGUGGGGAGAGGGGGAAGAGGUAAAAGGGUGAAAGGGGAGCCAGAAUGGGAAUGGAAAAAGGAUGAGCAUGGCAGGAGGGAUGGUGGUAUGGAGAAGAAAUUACUGGAAGUUAGAAAAUCCAUUUUCAUGCUAUCAGGUUGGACAAUACCCAAGUGUAAUAAAAGUUGUUGUUCCUCCACUGAGUGUAAUUAAGCUCUGUUUUGGUGGGGGUUACAGUGCCCAGUACUUCAUUAGCAAUUAAUAUUCACACCAUGCAUCUGAGCAAGCUUCUACACUGACCAAGUCUUGUUGCAUGUAGGCUGGGGUAGCUUACCUAGUGAAAUUAAAAAGUGCAAUUAUCUGUGUAGUAGGAGGAAGUUCAUUUUAGUAGUAGUUGUGCUUAGGUUAAUGACUGGAUUACGAACUUAUUCUUUUGUUGUGUUAUGACUCUAGCCUCUGGAAAUUCAUCCUAAGUUCUUUAUUAAUUUCAUUAUUACCAAGACCACUUGUAUUCUGUGUAAAACCAUAAAACAUAGGACCAAAAUUAGGCCAUUUGGCCUGUCGAGUCUGCUGCACCAUUGAACCAUGGCCGAUCCUUUUUUCCAUCUCCUCAGCCCCCCUACCCGUACUCCCUGAAGCCAUGUCUAAUCAAAAACCUAUCAAGCUCUGCCUUAAAUAUACCCAACAACCUGGCCUUCUCAGCUGCCUGUGAUAAUAAAUUCCACAAAUUUACCAUACUCUGGCUAAAGAAAUUUCUCUGCAUCUACACAUCUACUCUGUCUAGGCCUUUCAAUAUUUGAAAGGUUUCAGUAAGCUGUCCUCUAAUCUUCUAAAUUCCAGCGAGUACAGACCCAGAGUUAUCAAAUGUUCCUUGUAUGAUAACCCUUUCAUUCCUGGAAUUAUCCUUGUGAUCAUUCUGAACCCUCUCCAAUGCAGCACAUCUUUUCUUAGUUGAGGAGCUCAAAGCUGUUCACAGUCCUCAAGGUGAGGCCUCACCCGUGCCUUAUAAAGCCUCAGAAUCAGAUCCCUGCUCUUGUAUUCUAGACAUCUUGAAAUGAAUGCUAACAUCACAUUUGCCUUCCUCUCCACUAUCUCUACCUGCAAGUAAACUUUUAGGUAGUUCUGCACAAGAACUCCCAAGUCCCUUUGCAUCUCUGAUUUUUGGAUCUCUUCCCCAUUUAGAAAAUAGUCUGUACAUUUAUUUCUAUCACCAAAGUGUAUGACUAUGCAUUUUCCAACAUUGUAUUUCAUUUUCCACUUUUUCAGCCACGAUUCAGGAAUGCAUGAAAAUCUGUAAUAAUGCAACAAGAUCACCCACCUUAUUUGUUGUACUUUGUGCAUUGAGAUAUAACACUGAGUACUGUAUUUGCUACCCCUUUUGAUUCUGCAUCCCUAAUUCACUGAUAAUCAUCCCACUGUCUGAAAUUAAGUUUUAUCAUCUCCCUGUCCUUCCUGACUGACCACAUGCUAUCUUUUCUUUUUUACCACCUGCCCUAAGAAACAUAGAAAACCUACAGCACAAUACAGGCCCUUCGGCCCACAAAGUUGUGCUAAACAUGUCCCUACCUUAGAAAUUACUAGGCUUACUUAUAGCCCUCUAUGUUUCUAAGCUCCACGUACCUAUCUAAAAGUCUAAUAAAGACCCUAUCGUAUCGGCCUCCACCAUUGCCGGCAGCCCAUUCCAUGCACUCACCGUUCUCUGAGUACAAAAUUUACCCUUGACAUCUCCUCUAUACCUACUCCCCAGCACCUUAAACCUAAGUCCUCUUGUGGCAACCAUUUCAGCCCUGGGAAAAAGCCUUUGAUUAUCCAUAUGAUCAAUGCCUCUCAUCAUCUUAUACAUAAUCGUAUCGUGAGUCUCAUCACUAUUCCCUUAUCUACAGCUAUUUGUAGUUUGGCUGAACAUUAUCUUACACUUUUAUUUAUGACAGUACUUAUCUGACUUUCUUAGUUGUUUCCUCCUUAUAAAGUUUUGUCAUUUAAAUGUAACUUAUUAUGUUUACCUUCUACUUAUAAAAUUCUAGUACAUUGCUAACUUAUUUAUUGCAUUCUAUGAAGCUAAAAUUGUAUAUUAUGUAUUAUAAAGACCACUGUUAAUGUGGAGACUAAUUCUCUUUUGCUGUCAUAAGUUACAACCCCUCAGAUGCAAUAUUUUUUUUAAAGUUGACAAUAAUUAUGUAAGCUAAUGGAGUUCUACUUGUAUGUCUCUUUUGUAUUAGUAGUUAUGUGAUCACCCUUUUAGCUUCCUACUUGUCCUAUCAAGUCAAUAAAUGCUACAUUUUUAUAGUC